AUGGAGCUCUUUACUGCAGCAGAAAACCUCAAAUUCUUGAAUGCAAUUCAAAUCAUCAAGGAAGCAGUGAAAAUCCCAGCCAAAUCAUCAUCUCCACUCUUUUUGAUUAGUACCAUAACCCUCAUUCUCCCACUUUCAUUGAUCCGGUCGUUAUCUAAGGUUUCAUUCACCCAAUUUUUUAUUACCCUUUACUUUUACUUUGCCGGUGAUCCAUCUCCUAAUUACCCUAUCCAUCAUAAGUUCGUCUACGUCCUUUCCCUUUCCCUUCUCCUCUUGCCUCUUCUCUCUACAUCCGCUAUUGUCUUGACAGUGGCUUCUAUUUAUGCAUCCAAAUCCAUCUCCUUUAUCUCCAUUCUCUUUGCAAUUCCUCGCAUACGUAAACAUCUUAUAAUCACCUUCUUUUAUGCCUUACUUCUCAUGAUCGUGAACUUCUUGGCCUUUGCGACCUUCACAUAUGUCUUAGUUUGGUUCAGUAUUACUGAAGGAGCUAUGUUUUGGCGUUUUAUGAACACAUUUUAUAUCAUAUACUUUCUUGUAUCUUUGUGUGUUAGAGCGUUAUGGCAUUUAGCGAAUGCAAUAUCUGUUGUUGAACCAAAUGUUUAUGGCUUGGCAGCCAUGAAGAAGAGUAAGCAACUAUUAGGAGGGAGAACUAAAAUUGCGUUGGAACUUGUAAGUUUAUACGUGGCGGCUACAUGGAUUGUAGAAAAGGUGUUUGGGCAUGCGAUGCAGUUUCCUGUACAUUUCAUGGUUAAGCUUCUGUUGGGAUUGCUGUGUUUGUUCUUGUUGGGGGCGGUUAAUCUCACGGGGCUAUUAGUUCAGAGUGUCUUCUAA